AUGUCUCUUCCGUUCGCUGCUCUACGCAGCUGUGCUGGGGAGGGCGGACCCGAUGGCCGCAGCAGCUUAUGUGCUGCUGCUGCUGCAGCAGCAGGAUCAUCAGCAGCAGCAGCAGGAGCAGCAGCAGCAGCAGCAGGAGGAGCAGCAGCAGGGAUUGCAGGAGUAGUAGGAGGAAGCUCUUCUUCUUCCGCUACCUCAGCAGCAGCAGCAGCAGCAGCGACAGCGACAUCAUCAUCAUCAGCAGCAACAUCAGCAGGAACAGCAGCCCAAACAGCAACAGCAACAAAUACAGCAUCAACAACAACAGCAGCAGCAGCAGCAGCAGCAGCAGGAGGUAGCAGCUGCUGCACGAAGGCUUAUGAUAAAGAGUUAUUUACAUCGUUCUUAGCAGCAACAUCCCGCCUGUUUUGCGAUGAUGAAGAAAUUGUAUUGCUAGACUUUCUUGCUGCUGAAGAGAAGGCAUUUACAGAGAAAGAGUUAAUAGACAGAUUAGCUUGGCCAGAAAAACGGGUGAGAGAAGUCUGCGCUGCAUUAGAGAGGCUAAUGCUUAUUCAGAAAGAACCGAUGCAUAGCAGCAGCAGCAGCAGCAGCAGCAGCAGCAGCAGCAACAAUUUCAAUAAUCCUAGUCAUCACCUACAUAAUGGUGCGACCUCCAGCAGCAGCAGCAGCAGCAGCAGCAGCAGCAGCGCAGUAGGAGAGGCCGCCUCCAGCGUGGAAGGUGGCGGGGAGAGCAGCAGCCGCGGGAAUGUUAUAAUAGGUUUAGGAAGUGUAGGCAGUGUUGCUGCUGCUGCUGCUGCUGCUGCUGCUGGUGGCGGUGCUGGCAGCGGGUUUGUAUAUCGUGUGUCUCCUUACUGCUUAGCUGUUGUACAGUUUCGUUUAGAGCAGAUGGAGAUAAAGCUGCAGCAGCAGAAGGCAGCAGCAGAAGCAAGAGACGCAUUUAUUUGUCUCUGCUGCGGUAAGCAGUUUGAUUGUCUUGCUGCUCAGCGGCUGCAGCUGGACCCUCACGACGCCACAUUCCUAUGUCAUUGUGGGGCCAAACUCGAACACGAGGUACCUCCUGCUGCUGCUGCUGCUGCUGCUGAUGAUGAUGAUGAUGAUGAUGAUGAUGCUGCUGCUGCUGAUCGCGCUGCUGCUGCUGAUCGCGCUGCUGAUGCUGAUGAUCGCGCUGCUGCUGCUGCUGCUGCUGAUCGCGCUGCUGCUGCUGCUGCUGCUGCUGCUGCUGAUCGCGCUGCUGAUGCUGAUGAUCGCGCUGCUGCUGCUGCUGAUCUUGAUGCUGCUGCUGAUCGCGCUGCUGCUGAUCGCGCUGCUGCUGCUGCUGAUCGCGCUGCUGCUGCUGCUGAUCGCGCUGCUGCUGCUGCUGAUCGCGCUGCUGAUGCUGAUGAUCGCGAUGCUGCUGCUGAUCUUGUUGCUGCUGCUGCUGCUGAGGUUACUGUUGCUGCUGCUUUUUUUGCUGCUGAUCCUUGUGAAGCUGCUGUUGCAGUAACAGCAGUUUAUGCUGUGUGUGGUUCUGGGGAAGGUGCUGCAGCAGCUGCUGCUCCUUUCGGGGCUCAAGCAGGGAUGCAGCAAGACGAGGCGCAGCAGGGGUCUCUAAGGAGGCCCUCGGCUGCUUCUGCUGCUUCUGCUGCUUCUGCUGCUGCAGCCACAUCUGCUGCUGCUGCUGCUUCUGGAGGGAGAAGAGAGCAGAUUAAGUUUAGUAUGAAGGCGAGCAACAAACCUUCGGUGCGGGGCACCCCAGCCAAUAGGCCUGGUACAGCAGCAGCAGCAGCAGCUGCUGCUGCUGCUGCUGCAACUGCAGCAGCCACUGCAACGCCCACAGGCCACAAGACAGCAGCAGCAGCAGCAGCAUUAACAGCACCAACAGCAGCAGCAAACACGAAGAACGAAACAGCAGCAGACUUGCAAGCGGCCCGCAGUGUAGCUGCAGCAGAGGGACCUUUCGGCGCAGCAGCAGCAACAGCAGCAACAGCAGCAACAGCAGCAACAGCAGCAGCGACAGCACCGGCAGCAGUGACAGCACCGGCAGCAGCAGCAGCAGCAGCAGCACCGGCAGCAGUGACAGCACCAGCAGCAGCACCAGCACCAGCAGCAGCAGCACCAGCAGCAGCAGCAGCAGCAGCAGCAGCAGAAGAGGCUCCCCGGGUGUAUAUUUCACGUUUAGGGAGAUACUUCUCAAUUGAAGAGGCUGUAGAAUAUCAGCUGGAGAUGUCUAUAGAAGAGCAUGAGCUGCAACAGCUGCAACAGCUGCAGCAGCACCAGCUGCAGCACCGACUGCAGCAGCCGCUGCAGCAACCGCUGCAGCAGCCUCUGAAGCAGCCUGUGAAGCAGCAGUUGCAGCAGCAACAGCAGCAGCAGCAGCAGCAGCAGCUGCUGCAGCAGUGA